AUGUACCGACCUUCGCCUGGCAACUCAGUAAAACCCUUUUUAUUCAAUGGUCAUAAAUUUGACCAUUUGGGUUUUUACGUAAUUAUUGUAUGGCCUUGCCUUACAAUAUAAAGCGCCUUGGGACAACUGCAAGGCUCUGGAGCACCGGCUCCAGCCUCAGACCCCGUGUUCCUGUCCAGUCGAGCAGCAGACAGCGUCCUGCAGAGACACAAACGUUACAAUACCAAAUUGUUUGAGGAGCUGAUGGAAGGCAACUUGGAGAGAGAGUGUUUGGAGGAAAGGUGUGACCUGGAAGAGGCCAGGGAGACCUUUGAGGAUGAUGAACAAACUAUGGAGUUCUGGGCUCGAUAUGUCGAUGGUGACCAGUGUAAGUCGAGUCCAUGUCUGAACCAGGGCUCGUGCAAAGACAGCCUCGGCUUCUACACCUGUCUAUGUCUUGACAGCUUCACUGGCAGGAACUGUGAGAUCGUGAUUGCUAAAAGAUGUGACGUGAACAACGGUGACUGCAUGCACUUCUGUGAGUCGACGGGAACCUUUGGAGCAAAAUGCUCAUGUGCAACAGGAUACACACUGAUGCAGGAUGGAGUCAACUGUGAACCGAAUGUUGAAUUCCCAUGUGGAAGGACUUCCUUGAUGGCGAUCACACCAGUAUUCCGAAGGACUUUGGUCAUCAAUGGAAGCCUGCACAACAUCACUACACUGACCAACAUCACAGCCACUACAGCAUCUCCAUCACCUGCACCCAGAACCACGAACGCGUCUGUAGAAAACCCGCCCAUAAAGAGAUACCCCCUGUGGGUGCACGGAGAGGCUCGACAGACUCUUAGACCUUUCAAACGCAUUGUAGGUGGAGAAAUGGUGAUUCCAGGAGAGAUCCCAUGGCAGGUAGCUUUGAUUGCACGCCCCAGUGGGCAGUUAUUCUGUGGGGGCUCCAUCCUCAGCGAGCUGUGGGUCAUCACUGCUGCUCACUGCCUGGUGGAGGGACGGGACUCCUUCUUUGUCAGAGUAGGGGAGCACAACAUCUACAUCCGCGAGGACAGCGAGCAGGAUCACGAUGUUUUGGAGCAGCAUAUACACCCACGCUACAAUACCAGUGUUAGCUUGUACAACCACGACAUUGCACUGCUUCGUCUCAAAAUUCCCAUCAACUUCUCCGCCACAUCCCGUCCCAUUUGUCUUGGGCCUAAGGACUUCACCGAGUCCAUAUUGAAGCAGAACUCCCUUGCUACAGUCAGUGGCUGGGGCCGAACACGCUUCCUUGGGGCCGCGGCCCACACGCUGCAGAAGGUCAAUGUUCCGGCUACAGACCAGACAGAGUGCAUACGUAGCAGCCCCAGUGUCACUCGCUACAUGUUUUGUGCAGGAUACUAUAAUGAGGCCAAAGACUCUUGUCAAGGAGAUAGCGGCGGUCCUCACACAACCAGACAUCAUGACACAUGGUUUCUGACAGGCAUCGUGAGCUGGGGAGAGGAGUGUGCCAAGGAAGGCAAAUAUGGUGUUUACACUCGAGUGUCACUUUACUAUCAUUGGAUACACCAUGUUAUAGGAAGCACCAAGCGCAGGCUGGCAGUCAACGUAGAAGAACCUGACUCAUGACCUCAAUGUUCAAAAAUGUAACAGAGAGAUUAACAUGUUGACAUUGUUUUGUUGCUCAAAUGAUCUGCAGUAAAGUUAACAGAAAAACAUUUUGUAGCAAGGAUGGUCUUCAACCUGCACCAAACAACAUGUUGAACGGGGUUUGUGGAUUUGAGAAACCCUGUAGACCCUGACAUGGUCCAGCAG